CCGUAGCGAUUUUCAUGCGUCACGGGUUACGCCAUGAAUAUGCUAAGGCGGAAUAACGUUCGAUUCUUCCUAUAUUAUAGAGGCGGCCCGAUCAGGACUACCAACUAAAUGGAAGUUCAGUCCCAUAUUGACUAUGCAGACCAGUUAUGGAUGUCACUGGAGCAAAACCACCCUUUCUUGAAGCGCGAGAACACAGGCAUUCAGGAGAAGAGAAAACAACUGCAGAGAGGAAGUAAUCACUCAGUGCCUUCGGUCGCCACAACUGUGGGAAAAGUACACUGCUGAACUUUAUCACCAGGAACCUCUGCCUUCCAACUAGUGAAAACAACGAGACAUGCAUUGAGAUCAAGAUAAAACACGACAGAAC